CUACUUUUCACCCGGAAAUGGUUGCGGAGGAACAUGGCGUUGCUCGUGCGAGUCCUUAGGAACCAAACUAGUCUCACUCAGUGGGUUCCAGUAUGCUAUCAACUGGGACCUGUGUCUCCUACUCAGGGACUGUGGGGCAGAACUCUGUCUGGCACUUCCCAGUGGCCCCACAUGAGCCAGGCUGUAGCUUGUGGUGGAUCGGAAAAGAUUCCUGGAGUAGACAUACAGCUGAGUAGGAAGUAUCACAUCACAAAUAAGCUUCCUGCUUCUAAGGAUUCCUCACAGCCUGUUGAGGAGAAGGUUGGUACCCUCACGAGGAUAAUAGAAGCCAUGGGAUUCACAGGACCUUUGAAAUACAGUAAAUGGAAGAUUAAGAUUGCAGCCCUGCGCAUGUAUACUAGCUGUGUGGAGAAAACUGACUUCGAGGAAUUCUUUCAAAGGUGUCAUAUGCCUGAUACAUUCAAUUCAUGGUUUCUUAUAACUCUCCUUCAUGUGUGGAUGUGUCUAGUCCGAAUGAAGCAGGAAGGCCGGACUGGGAAAUACAUGUGUCGUAUCAUAGUUCAUUUUAUGUGGGAGGAUGUUGAGCAGCGUGGCAGAGUCAUGGGGGUUAAUCCCUAUAUCCUGAAGAAGAACAUGAUCCUCAUGACAAACAGUUUCUAUGCAGCAAUCUUGGGAUAUGAUGAGGGGAUCCUUUCAGAUGAUCAUGGGCUGGCUGCUGCCCUCUGGAGAACCUUCUUCGACCAGAAAUGUGAAGACCCUCGGCAGCUUGAAUUGUUGGUGGAAUAUGUGAGGAAACAGAUGCAGUACCUGGACUCCAUGAAUGGUGAGGAUCUGCUUCUGACUGGGGAGGUGAGCUGGCGCCCUCUAGUGGAGAAGAAUCCUCAGAGCGUCCUGAAACCCUAUUCUCCAAUUUAUAAUGAUGAGGGUCUUUGAUGGAAUGGUCCCUCCAAACAGCUGGUCACCUGUAUUUAAGGAGCUGCCAAGAAAGAGAUGCCUGUUUUGCCCAGGACCCAGCAGAAAGUGGCCUGAACUGACCUUUGAAUACCAUCUAUCAAAUAGCUGGCCGCAUUUGUGUCUGUUUUCUUCUUAGUAUGCCCAGGAGUCUGAUCUGGUGGGGUACAGUGCUGGGAGAACCUCUGCCUCUUCUGGAGUAUCCUUUCCCUCAAGAGAAGGUCUAAGCAAGAGCUCCCCAGCAUGUACACCCCAAGUUCCCCUCUAGCACUCAUGGUGAUUGACAACUUUUCCUAAAGGCCCUUGAAGGAAUGGGGGAAGGUUAGACAGAGGACAGCUCACUGUGGCCCAAGAGCAGUUUGUGAUACUGCUGAGUCAAGACGGGUCUUCACACUUCUGUCCCCUGCUUUGAGCCAUGGGGUCGAGUUGGAUAUUAAAAGGAGACUUAUCUCUGCCAUGACUCUUCAUUCUCAGGUCUUUUAAGACAUUAGAGAUAGGGAAAGGGUAGGGUUGGAGGGUUUCUGCUGCUGCCUAUCUCCAGUUUACAGACACGUGUCACUGCUUUGGCCAAGGCACAACCUGCUAGGACCUGUUCUCUGGGACCCAAAGCCUCUGAUGGCCACAGGGCCAUCCUAAGUUGUUUGAAAAAGACCCCAAGAACAAAGUUCCUUGUAGGAAUAUGCUGUUUUUAGUUUCUUACACACACACACACCCAGAGAGGUAUUGAGGAAAAGAGAACCUUCUUUCUGGUUUAGUUAUAGCAUCCCAGGACCCACCCCCAUGCCCAGCUUCCUGUCCCUUCCCAGCUUCUGGGGCAUAUGCUACAGAGCCACCUGGUCUGAGGGCCAUCCCCUCCUCCAUCUGAGUACAGGCCAUCUCUUGAGGGAUAUUUUUUAAAUUAAAGAAGGGGGGAGGUCGUAUUGUUCAACCUGCCCCCCCCAUCAAACUUCCUUCAUUUAACUUGCUAUUAAAUGAGUCAUAUAAAGAAACUCUGUAUGGGUGAGGUAUAUCCCACUUCUGUGAAAACAUUACAAAUCAAACCGCCUUCUCUCCAUUUAUUUAAGAUGCUUUUGUUGGGAGUGGAGCUCUAGAGUGAAGCCUCCUCUGUGUGUGUGAGAUAAUAACACCUUGUAACUCAUUACAGCUGGGCAAUAUUUACGUAAACCAGGACUGAGCCAGGCAGGAAUUUGCUGAUUAAUUUAUUUUUAAUGGAGUGAAGUGUACCAUGCACCAAAAUAAACUUUACUGUGUGUACCUAA